UCCCCGUUAAGGAUUGGCACCUUUGGGGGGUGGGGGUACCCGAAUUUGACAGGUACCCGCUCCCACUUCCGGCCCGAUUGCCUAGGCGAUCAGAAGCAGAAGGUGUCCUCCCUCCCUCCCUUCCUGUAGUCUUUUGGGACUCGUGACAGGUCCUAGAAGACUACAGGACCAUUCACGUGGCGCAGCGCUGCUCAUGCAUGCACAGUGGGUACCCGGCUGUGAAGCCGCAAGCUUUCACAACCAGGUGCCCACAGUGAAGAUGCUGGCCUCCUGGAAUACAGGACGGCCUUUGAAACGGGCUGUGGGGGACACACCACGGGACCGAGGGACA